GAGCUCCUGAUCUUUGCGAGGGCACCUGUUUUAGGUGACCUUUCUGUAGAUCAGGUGGGCUUAUACAGGGAUCUGCUUUAAAAGACCAAACUGUCCUUCUAAAAGGGACCAAAUUAUUACUGCUAUUCUCAGCAAGAUCACCUUUCAAAACCCAGAGUUGAAAAUUGAAUUCACGAGUGGUAUGCAAGGAGUGAUGACAGCCUGCCUCUGCCGAAAUCAAGAGAGCUUCUAUGCCCCUACAUGAAAUCCUAAGACCAUUUCAGAUUCUUGAGAGUAUUCCUCCUUUCAGACGUAGUUCGAGUGAACACAGUCAAGAUCAUCUGAGCCUUCCAUGAACAGCAACCAGGCUCCCAUUAUCCAUUGAUCAAGACGGCAAUCAUAAAUAAAUAUUCACCUGAAGAUAACGGAAGAGUACAAAGAGGAUACAACGUUUGCGUUGACAUAAAUGGGAAAUGUAACGUCAAGUGUGGCAGCAAAAUUUGCGUUCUUCCCGCCAGACCCCCCAACGUAUGAUGUGUUUAGAGAGCGAGAUGGGAGGCUGGCGUUACCAGGUGUAACUGCAGACAAGAACAUGGAUGUUCACUUGUUGGAAACUAAAGUUGGAAACAAGAUUGUGGCUACGUUUUGGAAACACCCUUUUGCAAGAUUCACAGUUUUGUACUCUCAUGGAAAUGCUGCAGACCUUGGACAAAUGCAUGAGCUUUUCAUUGAACUUAGAGCUCAUUUGAGAGUCAAUAUUAUGAGCUAUGAUUAUUCUGGAUAUGGAGCAUCUUCUGGCAAGCCAUCUGAGUUCAACACAUACCACGACAUUGAGGCUACAUACAAUUGUUUGAAGAAGGAUUAUGGGAUAAAGCAGGAAGACUUGAUCGUGUAUGGUCAAUCAGUUGGAAGUGGUCCUACCCUGCACUUGGCUUCUCGCUUACAGAGGUUGAGAGGUGUUGUUCUUCACAGUGCAAUUCUUUCAGGCAUAAGGGUCUUGUAUCCUGUCAAGAUGACAUUUUGGUUUGACAUUUUCAAGAAUAUAGACAAAAUACGACUUGUCAGCUGCCCUGUUCUGGUUAUCCAUGGAACAAAUGAUGAUAUUGUUGAUCUGUCCCAUGGAAAGCGCCUGUGGGAACUUGCCAAGGAAAAAUAUGAUCCCUUGUGGGUCAAAGGUGGUGGUCAUUGCAACCUGGAAACUUAUCCAGAGUACAUCAAGCACUUGCGAAAGUUCAUAAAUUCCAUGGAGAAAAUCUCCAUGGUGAAACCAUCAAAGAAACUCACUCAGAACCAGAGUAUUGAAGUCAAACACAACAAAUGCUUAAGAUUUGGUAAAACUUAGCCAGUUGAAUUUUAGUUCGUCAAAAGAGGUAGUUUGUUUUGAAAGAUGAACCCGUACCAAGAUUGAAUAUGCUUGCUUGAAGGACUUGCAGUUGGUGGCCAAGCAUGUUAUUGCUCAGUAUGUUUCUAAGGAUCAGGGAUUUAUAGGAAGUAUACUUGUUUGUUCCAGAUCCUGUUCAGGUAGGCAUUUUCAGGAAUCAAGUUCAUGUAACUAUUCGUUAGUGAUGUCAAAGUGUCCUGUCAGAAAAUAUGCCCGAUCUGGGUUUUCUUGUAAAAUAGAACUGAGUGGCUCUUUGUAAAAACUAUCCCAUCUAUCUGUCUUCAAUUGCAAGCACUUGCACCUGUCGGCGGUGAUUUUGUAGCA